UGAGAGGAGUUAGGAUCUCAGCAGUCUUUGCUGUCCUGUCCAGAUUCCACAUUUGAUUCGCUUCAUUUUUUUCAGAAUGCAAAGUUUUGCAAUGCUCAGAGGGGCUUUGAGAUUCAGGAUGCACAGUUUUGAAACUUAUUAACUCAAGGUUUUUGUGAAUUUUUUUAUUAUUUUUUUUGUAUCAUUUGUGCGACUGGGAGGUCCUUCCACUGUGUUUUGGAUGCUGCUCUGUUUUCUGAGAGCGAGUGGUGGAGAAAGCAACAUAAGAACUGCAGAUUUUUUUUUAUCCCAGAUGACAUUUUACAGCGGCGCUCUGACACAUGAUCAAACUCGGUUUCAGCCAUAUCAGUAAAGAUGUUGCGUUUGUAUACUUCACACCACCUUGUGUCGCUACUUGCUUUGUGGAGCCUCAGUUGCAAAGGUUUGAUCACAGCCUGGCCAGGCAUUCCUGGAAGUAAGCCAAAGGCUGAUUUGGACCCAAAUGUGAGAGACUGGGGAGAUUACUCAGAUCUCCCAGCUGGAAUUGAACACGGACUUGGACUAGAAGAGGACAGAGAACAUGAAGAAAACAGAGGAGUCAGGGAACCAUCAUCCAACUUGGCACCUGAGCUGGAUUUCUUGGCUGACUUUGCAGGUAAGAAGCGGCUGUGGGUGAUAACUGCUCCAUCACAUAAUGAUAACUACCUACGGAUGAUGGAAAAGCAGCUUGAAGACAUGGAGCAGAAAGGGCUGAACUGCCGUUUAGCAGAAAGAGACACUUUCAUCAUAACCAUUAUCCAGAAUGCCAUGAUGGAAGGUCGCAUCCAGAAAACAACUUUUCAAGGAGAUGCAUCGGUGGAGAACCUGGAUCCCGACACUGUCACCAAACUGCUUCAUUACCUGGAGCUUUCCAGCCAGGAGCAAACCUUCACCAUGCUGAUCAUGAAGAAGAACCUCCAGGUCAGCGAACGUUUUCCUUAUCCAGUCCGUGUUGAGGCAAUUUUGGAGCUCAUUGAUCAGUUCCCAGUGAGGAAACUGGAGAAGAUGACCAGAAAAGGAUCAAACUUAAGGUGUAAAACUACAAAAAAGAAGGUUGUAAUGAAAAGAAAAAAGAAGAUGAAGAAGAUGGUGCUGAGUCCCCAGAGAGCGGGAGACGUGACUUCUGUCAUGGCUUCACAAAGACAAUUCUUGGACAAAAAGGCUGCACUGAGAAGUAAGAUUCAGGAUAUACUCAAUGGCAAGUCGAGGUUUGUGAUUCGUAAGACGCCUGCUGGAUCCACAAGAGGAAAGGCGUCAAACAGAGAUGACUUGGAAACCUCCAAAGUGGCCAGUGGAGUCCAGUCUGUUCCACAAACUGAUGAGAAAGUGGAAAAAGACAAGCCUCCUUCUUCCACUGAUAAAGGAAAGGAAAGAAAUGGAGGACAAAACACCAAAAACAAAGAAGAACCAAAUAUAAAGACAGAGACAGAGAAGAAACAGAGCACAAAGAAAAGGGGCAAAGGGAAGAAAGGAAAGAAAGGAAAGAAAGGAAAGGGAAGAGGGAAAAAAUCCAGCAGAGAAGUGAGUGAAGAGGAUAAAACAGCUCUGAGAAUAUUUUUGGACAGUAUGCGAGGGCACAGAAGGCUGAUGCUGAUCUCAACACCCAGCAGGGACACAACUCUGUACAUCCAGCAGAGUGAGGAGAACAACAAGCAGCACUGUGAACUCGCCAUCAGGAAGAUAAAUGUGGUGACUAUUGUGGGAGAAGGAAGUGACGCCACGAUCUCUGUGCAGCACCAGCAGCUGGAGUCUGAGCGUUCUCUUAAGGAUCAAUCAGAGCAAGACUUGGACUCACGUCUGAUCCCUCUGUUAAGAGCAGAGCUCGGCUUGUCCUCCUCCGACCUCUUCUCAAUGACUGUCACGGAUUACGACAUCAAACCUAAGAGAGUCUUUGAGGCUCCUCCAUCAAGCCCAGCUCUGUUCGACUAUAUUGACAACUUUCCCUCCAGGUACUCUGAGAAAGAGAAAGAAAGAAAAAGCCCUGCUGUUUGCUCCAAAGACAUACAAGCACCUGAGGUUGAGAACUCACUGCUCAGAUUUAUGUCUAAGCGGAGGCUGCUACUGAUUUCUGCUCCCACAGAAGACAAUUACUUUUUCCAGCAGCAGAUUUCUGCUCUCAGUGGUCAAGAGUGUCAACUGGGUAUCCGACACUUUGCUCUGUUGAAAUUGACUGGAAACGGACAAAAAGCCUCUGGGACUGUUGAGCUAUAUCCUAUAAAUGGUCGCAGUCAGAGUGAGGUGGAGCCAUUAUCUCGUGAAGUGGUCAACAACCUGAGAGAACAGCUGAAAAUCAGUAAGGACUACUUCAGCAUGCUGGUUGUGGGGAAGGACAGCGAUGUAAAGGCAUGGUUCCCGUCACCCAUGUGGUCCCUGGACAACAUCUACGACCUGGUGGACUCUAUGGAGCUUCGUAUACAGGAAGCAAACCUCCAGAUGAGCGUGGGGAUCCAGUGUCCCGAGGACAUAGGAAGAGGAGGCGGUGAAGCAGGACACUAUCCUGGAUAUGAUGACCACCGAGCUGAAGAAACAUACUUAUAUCAGCAAUCAGAGAACUAAAGAGAUUUCAUUGAACCUAGAGGAUUCAUGAAAAGCAUUACAUGUAUUCCUAAUAGAUUAUGAUGGAUAAUGCUAAUUGUUUGAUGAAUAUAUGAAUAUAAAAGACAAACUGAUCCACAACAUACGAAACAAACUUAUUCAGGACUUUAUGGUUACCCUAUGGUUCUAUCAUGUCUAAGUGGACAUGAUAGAAAACAUAGUAAAAAAAUUCCAAAGUUACAAAAUAAGUAAAAAGAACAACUUACAAUCUCCACACUACAGGUAAAUGUAUUUUUUUUUUUUAAA